AGAGGCAAUCGAUGUGCGCAAACGCAUCAGUGUGAUCACCUGCGGCAGAGCGCCCGCACCGUCAGUAGCAAUGGGGUCCUUGAUGAAGACGGUCGUGCUCCUGUGCGUCAUAUCCUCGGUGUUAUGUACGCCGUUCAUCAAUAAGCUACAGCCAGGACAAGAAUGGCCUACUCGUAGCUCAGUUAAACAACCGUAUCAUCAAUUCGAUGAGAUUGAAAAUGGGACAAUAUCAGACACAGUUGCUACUGAAGUCGUAGCUCAGGAAGAAAAGGCGCCUGAAAACAAUAAACCUAAGGUUAAAGAAGAUGACGCAGAGAGAAUAGACUACAGCGGAGCCCAAGUUUGGAAAGUAUCAACAAAGAAAUCAAACGCACACCGUGUUAUUAAUCAACUCGCGUCCGAGAAACUCAUAGCAUCAUGGGGAGGCAACCACACAUCAAUAGACAUUCUUGUGAAACCGAAAGCCGUAGAAAACGUAACUGCAACCCUAAAAAAUAAGGAUAUUGCGUAUUACAUCAUGAUUGAAGACCUGCAACAAAGAAUCGACGAGGAAAAUCCACCCUUAGAUGAAAAUGAACUGGAGUUGCAAGACAGACGAGGUCAUCGCAUGACAUGGAAGCAGUAUCAUAGACUGGAAGAUAUUCACGGUUUUUUGGACUACUUGGCAAAAACGUAUCCUUCAAUCGUUAGCGUCAAUAGUAUAGGAAAAUCUCACGAAGGCCGCGACCUCAAGGUAUUACGCAUUUCAGACGGCAAAAAGACUAACAAAGCAGUGUUUAUUGACGGCGGCAUCCAUGCGCGUGAGUGGAUCAGUCCUGCUGUCGUCACAUACUUCAUUAACCAAUUUGCCGAAAACUUUGAUGUCGAAUCUGACGACAUUAGGAACAUCGACUGGUACUUCUUACCGGUUGUGAAUCCAGACGGUUACGAAUAUACGCACAAGACGGACCGUCUCUGGCGUAAGAACAGGAGAGGAUUUGGUGGCUGUGCCGGCGCAGAUCUCAACAGAAACUUUGGAUAUCAGUGGGGUGGUAAAGGAGCGUCAAGAUAUCCGUGCAGUGAAAUCUACCGCGGAAGCGGGCCAUUCUCUGAACCAGAAUCUAAAGCUAUUGCUCAAUUCUUUAAAAGCACUGGGGCAGACUUCUCCGCAUACUUGACAUACCAUAGUUAUGGACAGUACUUGCUCUACCCAUGGGGCUAUGACAAUGCAUUGCCACCAGACCACAAGAACCUUGAAACUGUGGGCAAGAUGAUGGCUCAGGCCAUACAAAAGACCGGAGGAUCAGAAUACAAAGUGGGUUCAUCAAGCGGGCUGCUUUAUCCAGCUGCUGGUGGCUCAGACGACUGGGCCAAAUCAUUAAACAUCAAGUACACUUACACAAUUGAAUUGAGCGACACUGGCCGCUAUGGCUUUGUGUUGCCAGCGUCAUACAUUGAGCCCGUUGCUAGGGAAAACUUAGCUGGCUUAAGAGUUCUAGCAAGCCAAGUGAACAAAGAGUAAUAUUAAUUAGCCUAAGUAAAAAUAUAUUAUUUAUUUUAAGUUAGCAUUCCUAAUCAUGACAUGAAUGUACAAAUGAUACUUAAGUUGUCCUUUUAAAAGAUGGGACCUUUGAAAAUGUACUAAAAAAGAUGAAUAUAAGACUGUUCAGCAGUAAUAUUUAAUUAAAUAAAUGUCUAUGAAAUCUUU